AUGAAAAUUGGGUACACAACUGAAGAAUGGGCGGUCAUCUGGUUGACAAUUUUGGGAGGAGCGUUGUUCGGAUUCUUCCUCAACUUCCUCUGGUCGAGAAAGCGUCGCAAUGAUCAAAAGAAAGAGGAGGAUAAGUUCGUGGGCAAAAUGAAUACAACUGGCCUACGAAAGAACCGAGUGAUUUUUAGCCCGGAGAUUUGUGAGAAUGAAGUCCCUGAGGUUAUCAAUUUGGACAAUGAUAGUGACGAGGAGAAAACCGAGAGUGAAUCGAAUUCUGAUGAACAAGAGGAUGAGGAUGAGGAAGAAGUUGAGGGUGAGGAAGAUGAAGUAGACGAGGAAGAUGAGGAUGAAGAAGACGAGGAGGAGCAGAUGCCACAGUUUAACAAACGCAAACUCAAGAAUACACAAAAUGCCGAUGAUGACAAGCCAUCCACGUCGGACAGUAAGAAGGAUUUAUCGGAAAGUGACAAAAUCAACGCAACACUCGGAAAAUUGCAUGGAAAACUUGCAACCGCUCAAUUGAAAGCGAAAACUCGUCAAAUUGCCGCCGAAAUGAGUGAACAAGAGAAAGAAUACGAGGCAAAAAUGACCAACAAUCAAAUGGAGUCAAUCAUGAAACUGAUGAUGCAGAACCAGGAGAAGUUCGGCAUGAGCAGUGAGGACAUCAAAGAACAAAUGAAUCUGUACAACUUCUAA